AUGGAGCGUGUGCAGUACUCGCUGGAGCGCUCGCUCCCUCAGCUCAAGCUCCUUGAUGAGCAGGGCCUCCUGUCAAAGGACGAGCUCCGCUCUAUCACUAGCCAGCGCCAAGGCUUCGAGGCCCGGCUGAUCCGCCGCAAAGCGGACAAGGCUGACUUUGUACAGUACCUCGAAUUCGAAGAUGACCUGAAUAGCCUCGUGCAGCUGCGUGCGCGCGAGCGUAUGCGCGAGGCCAGCAAACAGGCGCGGCUUCCGGAUGCCGAGCACAAGGCGCGCCUGCUGCCCCGCAACUUUUUCGCAAAACAGGCAGCGUCGUACUCGGCGGUGUGCAUCGGCAUCUUUGAGCGCAUGGUGCGCAAGUUCCGCUACGACGUCGAUGCGUGGGAGCGCUACCUGGCGUGGGCACGCAGCCGCAAGAUGCGCGUAGUGGCCGGCCGCGUGUACGCACGCGCACUGUCGCUGCAUCCUUCGCACGUCGCCCUGUGGCUGUCGGCGGCGGACUACGAGCUGAACGGCAAUGCCGACACAACUGCGGCGCGUGCGCUGCUGCAGCGGGGUCUGCGCAUGAACCCGCUGGUGGAUACCGAUGCGAAGCUCGCACAAGAGGCCGUGGAGCAGGCGCCGAGCAAGGUGCGCAAGGCCAAGAACGGCGGCCGCGCCGUGCGCGACCCCGGCACGCUGCGCUGGUCGCUCAACGAGUACGAGCAGGAUGUGCUUCGGCUCUGGGUGGAGUACUUCCGCAUGGAGCUCGUCUUUGUCGAGCGCCUGCGCCGCCGGUGGCGUGUGCUGGGCCUGGACAGUGGCGCGGAUGCGGCGCCUGUCCUGCAAGGCGAAGCCUUUGCCUCGGCGCGCGCUGCUGCACACACGGUCGCCCCGGAAGACGCGGAAGAGGACGAGGAGGCGGCUGCGGCCGAAGCCGAGGUCGACGAUGACGUCCCGGAGGCGACGCUGGACGAACAAGAGACCUUUGCGACGGAGCGCACCGCGCCUUCGGCGGGUAUCCAGAUCCCCGAAGGGCACAAGCAGAUCAUGAGCGGCUCCAUCCCGCUCAUCCUGCUUGCGAAUGCACAAAAGGCGCUGCCGACGACUGUGCAACUGUAUUUGUAUGUGGCGCUCCUCCAGCUCCUCGCCUCCUUCCCCUUUUAUGACUCGGUGGUCGUGCGUGCGGGUGGCGAGGUGAUCUCGCUGCGCACCUCGAAGGACACGCUCGGCUCGGGCGAUGUGCUGCGCAACCGGCUGAUUGACGGCGUGCUCGCCGCGCUCGACACCACCGCCUCGGCGUGGUCCGAGGCCGGACAGCUGGCGGACGCGGUGCUAAAGUGUGUGCACCCACUCCUGCACCCGUUCUCGCACGGCGUGCGCAAGGACAUGGAGUGGGCGGCGCUCCCGGCGUCGCUCGCCGAGACGGAGCUCGAGCAGAACGGGCUGCUGCACGGCGCGAGCAAGGUGCACCCUACCUUUUCGCCCCCCCUUGAUGCGCUGUAUGCGCUCGCGGCGAUCCCCCAUGACCUGCGUGUCGCCGAGGGUGGCGUGGGUACGCUUGAUCCGUGGAGCGUAUGCCGCCCCGUGCUCUUCCUGCUGCAGGUCGUCUCGGAGCGGCUUGUGGUGCGCACGCAAGAAGCGGUCGACGACGACGACGACGACGAGUCGGUCGUGAGCGAGGCCGUGUCGGACGACGGCUCGGUGGGCUGGCAAGCGACGCCGUUCCUCGCGAUGCUGUCCGAGAGCGGUGACCUCCCUGUGGUGAUCCGCACGCUCGUCACGCUCUUCCGCAAGCACCAAUCCGCAGACGACGAGGCGCUUGCGCUUGCGUUCCUCGCGACGCUGCGCUUCCUCGCGAACCCCACGCGCGCCGGCAUCGACGAGGCGAACCUGCUCAAGUACCUCGGCCGCGCCGAAGACAAGCUGCUCGACGCGCUUCUCCGCGACGGCCCCCACCUGGACCUGGCCUGGCUCGCAGUCGAGCAGCUCGUCCGCCGCCUGGAUGCGGUGGACGACGACGAAACACUCGCCUCGCUGUACCGCGACGCACAGCGCCUGGCCGAGACCGACGCGAUGCACCCUGGUGCCUGGGCGCUGUACGAGCGCAUUGGGCGCCAGGCCGCGGAGCGUGGCCUCCCCGGCACGGACGCCGCUGCGCCGUUUGCCUUUUCCUGGGCCUCGGACGGCCAGGAUGCCGGUGCGGCACGUGCAGCGUGGCUCAGCAUGCUCGAUGCGUGCACAAGCGCCACGCAUGUCGCUCAAGAUACCUCGGCGCCCGUGUGGGGCUCGCUUGUGCUCUGGCUCGAGUCGACGCACGCUGCGCUGCCCGAGUCCGCCGCGCUGCUCGCGCCCCACUCGGCGCGCGUUGCGCUGUGGCUCGACUUUAUGGCGUGGGCGCAGCACGCGGCGCAUGUCGCGCCCGACGCGCCCAAGCUCGCGCGCCGCGCAAGCAAGUGGGCGUGGAGCACGCUCGAGCUCGCCGUCGCCCGCACCGGUGCGCUGCUCGCCUCGUCGCAGCUCGUCGGCACCGCGCGUAUGUAUGCCCAGGCGCUGCACGACGAUGUGGUGCAGCGCUUUUUCCUUUUUGCCGCGUCGCCCGAGGCGAGUGUCGCGCAAGGCGAGGCGGAGGAAGUGCGCAGUGCGAGCAAAGACAAAGCGCUCCGCCACCUCUUUUCGCACAGCUCCGCGAGCGUCGAGUGCUGGCUCGAGCUCGCGAACCGCGAGGCGGUGCUCCUCGAGGUGCUAUCGCCCGACGCGUACGCCGGCCUGCAGAAGCGCGCUACGGAGCUCUACGAGCGGGCCAUUGCGCAGACCGAGCGCGGCAGCGGCCGCCUUCCGCUGGACGAGGUCUGGGCCAAGUACCUCGCGUUCCUUGUCGAGUCCAAGCACGACAUGCCCGCGGCCCUCGCCACCUUUCAGCGCGCGCUGCACCGCCUGCAAGCCACCGAGGCUGCCUCUGCCCACGCGCUGGAAACCGCGUGGCACGCUUUGGUGGAUAGCGUAUAG